CCUCAGGACGCCAUCAUGCCGCUCAGCAGGUCCCUCUCCGUCAACUCCCUCAAUGGUCUCCCGCACUGGGAGGAAGAAGAGCUCCCCAUAGAGGACCUGCUACUCUUCGAGAUCUCCUGGGAGGUCACCAACAAAGUCGGAGGGAUAUACACGGUGAUCCAGACGAAGGCGAAGAUCACGGCGGAGGAGUGGGGGGAGAACUACUUCCUGAUUGGUCCGUAUUCGGAGCAGAAUGUGCAGACGCAGGUGGAGAUCUGUGACCCCCCGCGGGCCGCGCUCAGGAAGGCGAUGGACGCGCUGCAGGCGCAGGGGUGUCAGGUGUACUUCGGCCGCUGGCUCAUCGAUGGCAGCCCCUACGUCCUGCUGUUUGACAUCGGCUCCGCGGCCUGGAACCUGGACAGAUGGAAAGGAGACUUCUGGGAGGCCUGUACGGUGGGGAUCCCCUUCCAUGACCGCGAGGCCAACGACGCCUUAUUGUUCGGGUCACUGACUGCUUGGUUCCUGAAGGAGCUGACCGACCAAUUCCAGGACAAGCCGAACGUCAUCGCCCAUUUCCACGAGUGGCAGGCCGGCGCCGGACUGAUCCUAUCCAGAUUCCGCAAGCUGCCCGUGGCUACCAUCUUCACCACCCACGCCACCCUGCUGGGGCGAUACCUGUGCGCCGCCAGCGUAGACUUCUACAACAGGCUCGACCAGUUUGAUAUAGAUAAAGAGGCCGGGGAUCGGCAGAUCUAUCACCGAUACUGCAUGGAACGCGCCGCCGCACACUGCGCCCACGUCUUCACCACAGUCUCACAGAUCACCGGGAUCGAGGCCGAACACAUGUUGAAGAGGAAAGCAGAUGUUAUUACUCCAAAUGGUUUGAAUAUUAAAAAGUUCUCUGCGAUGCACGAAUUCCAGAACCUGCACUCACUGUACAAGGCCAGGAUCCAGGAAUUUGUCCGCGGACAUUUCUAUGGACACCUGGACUUUAAUCUGGACAAGACUCUGUUCUUCUUCAUCGCUGGACGCUACGAGUACAUGAAUAAAGGGGCGGACAUCUUUCUGGAGUCCCUGUCCCGGCUGAACUUCCUGCUGCGGGUCCAUCGCAGUGAUGUCACUGUCGUGGUGUUCUUUAUAAUGCCAACGAAGACGAAUAACUUCAAUGUGGAGACGCUGAAGGGUCAGGCGGUCAGGAAGCAGCUGUGGGACACAGCUCACACCAUGAAGGAGAAGUUCGGGAAGAAGUUGUAUGAAGCGCUGCUGAGGGGAGAAAUACCAGAUAUGAACAAAAUCCUGGACCGAGACGAUCUGAGCAUCAUGAAGAGGGCGAUAUUCUCCACACAGCGCCAGUCUCUUCCUCCGGUCACCACACACAACAUGUUGGACGACUCCUCCGAUCCCAUCCUGAACACAGUGCGGCGGAUCGGCCUCUUUAACAGCCGCACGGACAGAGUGAAGGUGAUCAUCCACCCGGAGUUCCUCUCCUCCACCAGUCCCCUCCUGCCACUCGACUACGAGGAGUUUGUACGAGGCUGUCACCUGGGAGUCUUCCCAUCAUACUACGAGCCCUGGGGUUACACACCUGCUGAGUGCACCGUGAUGGGGAUCCCCAGCGUCACCACCAACCUCUCCGGAUUUGGCUGCUUCAUGCAGGAACACGUGGCUGACCCGGCGGCGUACGGAAUUUACAUUGUGGACCGGAGAUUCCGAGCCCCGGACGAGUCGUGUAAUCAGCUGACACAGUUCCUCUAUUCCUUCUGUCAGCAAUCGCGGCGCCAAAGAAUCAUCCAGAGGAACCGCACAGAACGCCUGUCUGACCUGCUGGACUGGAGGUACCUGGGCCGGUUCUACAUGCACGGCAGACACUUGGCUUUGUGUAGAAUGUUUCCGGAUAAGUUUGAGAUGGAGCCAAGUGCACCUCCAAAGACGGAAGGAUUCCGAUACCCCCGCCCGUCCUCGGUGCCCCCCUCUCCAUCAGUGUCCCAGCCCUCCAGCCCCCAUGAGAGUGAAGAUGAAGAAGAGGAGGAUGAGGAGCAUUACGAUGAGGAUGAGGAGGCGGAGAGGGAUCGUCAGAACAUCAAGUCCACGUUCGCCCUCGGCCCAGUGUCUCGGGGGAAGAAGAAAAAACAUGGAGAAUACAGGAACUGAUAUCUUCUGUGUUAUAUAGUGUAGUGCUGCCCCCCUGUGGCAGGGCUGAUAGUGCUCCCUAUAGGUUAUAGAUAUGGCUGUUAUGUCUGAUGUGUAUGUGGUCACAAAAUAGUUAAACCUU